GCAACAAAUAAUUUUUUUCUAAGUACAUAAGAAAAAAGAUACUAAGCGAGUGUGUAUUAUCAAAAUAAAGUUGGUAAGGACAAAAGUCUUUUCAUUCCGGAACGCAGUGAAAACUUGUAAUAUUUUUGUUCUGAUUUCCUGGUGAAGUGGCUUUGUAGUUUGUUCAAAUCUGUUGGAUAUAUUUGGAAACCGUUAAAAUUUUAUGAAAUCAAUUUAUUUACUUUUUUUUUUUUUUUUUUUGCUUUCUAGAAGCAAUUACGUGGAAUUCCCAUCAAUAUGUGCAAUCGUGGGUGAGUACUAUUUUCUCAAAAUGUUUAAUCUUGUUUAUUUGCUAAAUUUCCAGCUUUAUUUGAAAAAAAUUAAGGUUUACUAUUUUCACAGAGAAAACAAUAAAUGCUGUUACAACAAUUUCUUCAACGGAACAGCGUGUUUAGAAUGUCCUCCUGGUUACUAUGGAGUUAACUGUAGUGCAUCUUGUAGCCAAGGUUCCUACGGACAUCUGUGCUCACAGACAUGCAAGAAGUGCCCCCAGGAACUGUGCGAUAGAGUAUUAGGAUGCCCAAAUACUUCCUCAACCAAUACUGAAUCCACAGUUCUACUCACUUCCAGUGUUGACACAAUAACCGUCAGAAGUACAUUGAAGGUCACCACAGAGGUCAAUCUAGAGGUCACAACAGGGACCACAGCAGUUCCCACAUCAACUGUUCAGAGUUCUCCUUCAGCUAAUAUAUUCCUUACUAAAUCUUUAAAAACUCCAAAGUCUUCAACACCGUUUGUUAUUCCACAGUUUGAGACGCCUUAUAACUACAUUCCUGUGAUCGCUGUUACGGGAGGGGUCAUUGCCUUAUUCCUGGCUAUACUAGUGAUUCAGAGUUCAUUGAAGAUGCGGCUAAAGAAACAAAAGAUUACUAGAGCUGCAUCAAGAUUACCAAAGAUACCAGUAGAAGAACAAGAAAUAUAUCAUGAAAUUGACGACAUGAAUAUUGUAAUAGAUAAGCGUGAGCGGGAUUAUCAAUGCAUAGAAAAAAAUAAAAAGUAUUGUGAUGAGUCACACUUAUAUACAGAAAAAGCUCAUUCAUAUCAAGUAAUAAACAAUUCUUCACAGGACGUAGAAAAGCCUGUGAUAGAAACAGAACAGGGAAAUAAUCAUUCUUCAACAGAAGAAAGCAACAGUUCAGAGGAGAGUGGGUCCUCCUACCUUAAGCCCCAUAAAACAACGAAUAAACACAGUUACAUACAAGUAGUUGACCCGGAUAUGCAUAAUGUCUCCGUGUCAAGUGUCCAUACAGACAAGGAGCAUGAGAACGACUCCUCUUCUCAAUAUGAUGACACUGCUAACGAUUCUAGUGCUCUAAUUCUGUCUGUUUCUGAGGGAGACUACCUUGACGUAGAACACUGUCUGGAUAACAAUGCAACAUAUCUUGAAGUUGUUCAUCAAGAGAAAUAAG